AUGCCACAGAGGAGACAUUCAUCACAGACUAAAUUACCAUUCAGCGGAAAUGCUAAGAUAAACGUUGAAAGUUGUCCCAAUAGUUUUGUAUUUGGUUCUGAACCAAGAGAUAAAAGGAAAAGAACUCAAAAAUACGAAAGUUCCCCAAUUCCUCAGGUAUCUUAUGAUGAGAAAUCUACUUCAAUCCCCAUUCUAAACGUAUCUAGAAACCAUACGAAUUCGCAGGGUCCUGAGUAUCAUAUUCCUGUGAAAUCAACCCCAUCAGGGAAGGUAAAAUCUUAUUGUCAAGGUAGGGAUAGCAUGCUACAGCAGUAUACAUUUAUGACAUAUUCUAGCGGUCCAAUGCUUAAUUCUAUGUAUCAAAAUUAUAAUCUCACGACCACAAUGCCCUAUCCAAUGCACUAUUCCAGCUAUCCGAUUAACAUGCAACCAUCACAUAGCGCUAAUCCAAAUAUUAAUUUGAAUAUGAGUAAAGAUCAAUCUUCACAAACAUUCCCAUCAUUUUUCAAUCCAAGAACUGCUCAUAAUAUGCCACACAUGGAGAAGGUGAAUAGUUGGAUUGAAAAUAUACCAGUUUUCCAAAUCGAUGAGCAAAAUUGGAAAUCGGAAUGUUACGACAGUAGUUUCGCCAUUGAUUGGGAAGAAGAAGAAUUCGAAGAUCCGCUAUUGGCGGAAAGUAAUAAAAUAUCAUUUGCAACUCAUGAUGAAUUGUUAUUUUUGCAAGCUAAAAAAUUCGAAACUGCCAUUAGAAAAUUGUACAGAUUGGAAAACGAACCCAGUCCAACUAAAACAGACUUUUUAGUAGAUACUGAAUCCUUUACAGAUUAUUUGUAG